UCUCAGCUCUGUACUUCACCAUUUGAAAGGUGAUUAAGCAGAGUCUACGAGAGCAACAAGGUGCUCAUCACCACAAAUAUUUGGACUAAACCUCGCUAUCCUUGGACAAAUUCUUCCUCAUUUUCAGGUCACAUCAUUACCAACUGGAUGGUCAGCUGAAGUCAUGGAAUUUGCAUGCAGUCACAUUGUAUACAAUUCUCAAAGCAUAACUUCCAAAAAUGGCAGAAACAGGGCAUACGGUCCUGUUGAAAAUCAAACUUAUUCAAGCACAAGCUUCAGACCUCCACCAGCACAGAGCCAAGGCAGUGUUCAUGAAUACGACAAUCGUUUCCUGGUAUCAUCUCCAGCUGGGAAAGAAUGUCUGUACGCCACAGUGCCAAAACCUGCACACAGGAGGAACCAAGCAAAGAGUCUAGGGCCUCCUGUUGUAGCCAGGACAACACAGCUGCGAGAUAAUGAAGACAGCCAGGCUCCUCCUCUGCCUCCACGCCUCAGUAUCGAGAGGCCGAACGUCUUCACUACACAUCAGCUCAGCACAACUCUACCGGCAAAAUUGCACUCACAUCCCCAGCUCCCUCCACGGAGGCCCAAGCGGGUUCUUCCACCCUCAAAGAAGUCCACUUCUCAGACAAACCGGAAAGCAAAUAUAAACGUGGUUUCUCUUAACCUGGGAAAGUUGGUAGAUAUCAAUAAUGUGCAAACCCAGACUAUGGAAGCCAUUCACUGCCAGAACUGUUCAGCUGCCCUGUCCAGCAUCAGCCGGAUUCACCAUAAACAUGCAGACAUAGUAUGGCCUUGUGAAUUCUGUCAAAAGCAUAAUGUUGUCACUCGAUCCUUCAGAACAGUACCCAACAGUCAAGAUGUCCUCUAUGUCCCUGGACCCCUUGACGAUGAUUACAUCAAUGUGGAUGACUCCUUGGUCGUCUUCUGUGUGGACAUCUCUGGAAGCAUGUGUGUAACCAAUGAGGUCAAGGCUGUUAAUGGUUUCAGAACAACUCAUAUAUCAAGACUGCAGAAUGUCCAAGAAGCCAUCUUGACUUCUUUGAACCACAUGACACAGACUUGUCCCCAGAAGCGAGUUGCCUUGGUGACAUUUAAUGAUGAGGUAACAAUCUAUGGUGAUGGAACACAGGUGCCCACAAGACUGAGUAAUUAUCAACUGUUGGAUUCAGACUACCUAAAGGAAAAAGGGAGGGAUUAUCCUUGCCCACGAUGCAUUGCAGAAAGCCUUCAAACACUAAGCCAUAGAGUCAAUGAGCUGAGAGAACAAGGUGCGACUGCCCUGGGUCCAGCUGCACUUGUUGCAGUGUCAAUGGCAUCAAAGAGUCCUAGGUCAAAGGUAAUCAUCUGUACAGAUGGGAAGGCAAAUAUAGGCCUGGGAUACUUGGAGAGUGUGGAGGAAGAUAUGUAUGAGUGUUCCAAACAAUUUUACACUGAUUUAGGCGAGCAAGCAACUUUAAAUGGGGUAAUUGUAUCGGUUCUGACAAUAGAGGGCACAGACUGUAGACUGGCAGAGCUCGGAAAGCUGGCAGAUCGGACAGGAGGAAGGGUCAACAUUGUUAAUCCAAUUAAUUUGCCAAAUGAGAUUCAGGCGACUUUGGAAGAUGAUGUAAUUGCAACUGAUGUUACUGUGACCUUUGUAGUCACUGAGCAGAUGUAUUUUCGAUAUGAAGAGCAAAAAGGAAAUAAGCUAGUGAAGCAUGUUGGAAAUGUGACCAAAGAUACUGAGCUGACAUUUGAAUUUGGAAUAAAAGAAUCUCACAUUCAAACUCUCCAGGAUAAUGAGAAGCUGCCCUUCCAGCUGCAAGUAAACUUUACCACUCGAGAUAGAAGAAAGGCUUGUCGUGUCAUCAGUCAGGAGAAACAUAUCACAAACAACAGUUCCCUAGUUGAGGAGAGUGUGAAUAUAACAGUGCUGGGAAUACACGCAGCACAGCUCAGUGGUCGACUGACAAUGGAGGGCCGAGUGAAAGAAGCAUGUAGUGAGAUGGCGGCACAGAAGGAGCUCAUCCAAAAGAUUGUUGAAAAGAAACAUAACCAAGAAGAGGAUGACAUUUAUCAAAACUGGCUGCGAUCAGUAGCAGUCGUGUGUGAAGACCUCACGCAUUCUGAGGAGGUGGGAAGUGUGGCAAAAUCAAAAAAUGAUGAAGAAAAAAGUGACUCUGUUUUCAAGAUGUUGUCUGAUGAGGUUGCAAGCACAGUUUAUCGUCUAAAGAAUGCAAGGAGUAGAAUGUUGAAGAAGCCAGUGCCUAAACCAACAGCUGCUCCAUUGCCGAUGAUUUAAACCCAAGGAGACUGGAGAAAUUGAUCACCUGAAAGUUUGUAAUGGAACUGUGCAAUUUUUCAUUCUUUGUAUUUUACAAACUAUAACUUCCUGUAAAAUAAAUAAAUGUUUUUAACUCUUUACAUUUUUACAG